AUGUCUCGCCCGCGCCCUCAGCCCCAGCCCCAGCCCCCCGCGCCUCCCCAGCUCGUCACCCUUACCGCCCGCACCGGCACCAACAUCCGGCUCAAGGACGUCCUCGUCCAAACCUACAGCGACGGCUGGAACAUCAGCCACCAAACCGAAUUCAAGUUUACCACGCAAAUCACCGUCCAGCCCAGCAGCGAAAACCGCCAGCGCGUCGCCGCCCGCCCGGACUACGCCGAAGCAGGCAACACCGUCGGCCUCGUGCAAACCCUCGUCUCCUCCCGCCGCGUCGCCACCUACGAAGGCGGCGGCACCUUCACCGUCUACCCGGCCGAACGUCUCCCCUGCAUCGACGGCAUGGCGAACCCGGCUACGCUGCCCUUUUACGAUAACCGGUCUGGCAUCAAGCAGAGGGUCCCCACCCCUUCCAGCCAGGGAUCCACCAUGUCCUUUGUGUUGGACAUCGAUGAUGACCCGUCGUGGAACCUCCCCAUCAACGCGCUGGUCACCGUCCCGCCGCAGCGCAAGGGGGAUAAAGCGACAGUCGUCAAGAAGCCGCUGGUGAGCGUGCAGGCGGACGAGACGUUUUUGAUUACGCUGUGGAACAAGUCGCAGAAUAAGUUGGUUGCGCAGUGGACGUGGCAGUACCAUUAUACCGUGACACGGGAUGGGCGCGGUCGGCCGGUGGUCUCGCGCAGUGACUCGUCGAUUGCGGUGAAGAGGACGCCGGUGCAGAUUCCGUUGACGGGGCCGGUGGCGGGGGAUAACCCGAUUCAGACUUGGAGUCGGGGGUGGGCGCCGGGAUGGAACAAUUAG